AUGCGCACCUCAAGAGCUUCCAAAGAGACCUCAAGGGUCUUGCAGGCGCUUUCACCUCCUGCGCACCGACAGACACGAAGCAGAACUUCACUCAACGCGAGUGCCUUGCGCAAUUUUGCCUUCAAUGGCGACUCGACCAUUCAACCCGAAUCGAUUCCAACAAUCGCUAGCAUUCCUCGUGAUAUGGAUGAUGAUGAAUCCUCACUAUCAUCUGCUAAUACCACUGAUAUUGAAGAUCUCCUUUCUCCGCCUACGAAACGCCGGAAGCCCAAUGCUAGCACUACUCCCCUGGCUGUCUCCCGUCGUGUCCCCAAUAGGCAGCCUCGACAGGUGAAUGUGAAGGAUGAGCCUGAGGAAAAUGAGAUUCUCGCACAACCAUUGACACCAUCUUCCUCGACGCGACGUGUACCCACGCGUCGAACUCGGGAUGCUGAUGUCGUGGAGUCACCAUCCAUUAAGUCAGAGCAGGCGAUUGUGAAAGAUGAAACUGAGUCAAAGAAAUUACUUCCACAACCGAAAGCGCGACGCAUGCCAGCACGCCGCAUACGAGAUGCUAUGGGAUCUGUUGUCGUGGAGCCGCCUUCCAAUUGGGAGGUCAUGUACGACACAAUAAAGAAGAUGCGUGAGGAUAAUCCGACAGCGCCAGUUGAUACCAUGGGCUGCGCAGAGCUCUACUGGCGCGCAUCCGCGCCUAGGGAGCGCCGCUUCCAAACCUUGAUUGCGCUGAUGCUGUCAUCGCAAACAAAAGAUACGGUAACCGCCGUUGCGAUGCAACGCCUGCACACUGAACUUGGAGAGCCUGUUAUGAAAACCGAGCCUACUGGCGAUAUGCAAGUCAAAGCCGAGGUCGAUGACACAAAAGAGGCCGAGUGGAAAGAAGCAGACAGCACCCUUAAUUUAGAAAAUAUCCUCGCCGUCUCACACGAAAGACUCAACGAACUCAUCCACACAAUUGGCUUCCACAACAACAAAACAAAGUAUAUCAAAUCUGCUGCUUUGAUCCUCCGUGACCAAUAUGGUGGCGAUAUCCCAUCCACCCCAGAGGGGCUAAUGUCUCUCCCCGGUGUGGGCCCUAAGAUGGCGUACCUAUGCAUGAGCGCCGCAUGGGGUAAGCACUUGGGUAUCGGUGUAGAUGUACACGUCCACCGGAUUACAAAUCUAUGGGGCUGGCAUCAGACCAAAAAUCCAGAGGAGACACGCCUUGCUUUGCAGUCGUGGCUACCGCACGAGAAAUGGCACGAGAUUAAUAAGUUGCUCGUUGGCCUUGGACAGACAGUUUGUUUACCUGUGAAGCGUAGAUGUGGGGAGUGCUACCUUGCUGGCACGAAGCUGUGCAAGAGCGAGGUUAAGGGUUCAGCGGCUCAUCCUAGGCAAAAUCCUAAACGUGAUGAGCCAAAGAUCAAGAUAGAGACGGUUGUUGAGGCGACCCCUACGUCUGAAGAGCCGGGGGUAAAGACCGAGGCAGUUGUUAAGACGAAUCCUAUGGUCGAAGAUCGAAAGGUUAAGCUUGAGAGUGUAUCAUAG